AUUUAUAUACUAUCACGGGGUGAAUGCGUGUGGUGUGAAUGUAAACAAUCUACUGAAUAUUGUUCUGAAUUCUCCAUUUAUGUGUUAAGCGUGGAAGGAGCAUGUUGUCGUUUUCAAGAAUAGUCCCUAGGACCCAAAAGGUCAUGUCAAAAGGAAUCUACAGCGGUAUACAAUCGGGAAGGGUGAUGUCGGAGUUUCCUGCACAUAUCUUCGGACAAGACUCAGUUUCGGACAGUAGGUCUUUCCCAGUUUUGGAUCACGAUAUCGUGUGUAUGGAAGGUCUACAGGGUGAGAUCAGGGAUUUGUCCUUAACCGAGGCAAGACACGUUUUGUCUCAAGCGGUUGAGUUUCAGAAUUAUGGACCUACUUUUCAGGGAACUCAGGAAUUUAUGAGUGGCUCAAGCAGCUUGGCAGGUUCACGAGCUACCCCGUCUCAAAUUGGUAACAUAAAUCCUACUGACGCACAUUCCUCGGUGCUAGCGGGUCUCAAGAGUCACGUCAGCUUACACGGUCAUAUGCAAAGCAACGUUCCAUUCCCUCAACAUGCUAGUGAAGUCAGCGGGGGCUACGGCAGUUACCACAAUAUGCCCGGUGGCAGCGAUCGCUUGCUCGACAAGUUUGUGUCUGGAAGUUUGCAGAACUGCCACCAAUCACGGCAAUUUUCAAUGUCUUCUAAGCUUAGUGUAACACAGCAAGGAGCCCAGGAGGCAUUUCUGGAAGAUCAAAUGCUGACAGACCCAUCACCCCAGGGAAUUCAGGGAGACAACUGUGUGAGCUUCAAACUCUGGAUGGAAAAUUGUCAGAGGUAUAACUUACCAAACUGUGAUGAACAGCUGAAAUCUCUUAAGGAGGGUCGAAAGACACUGGCAGAAGUGUUUCAAGAGCAACAAGAGAUUAUAAGACUUGUAGCUGAAGAUUAUAAAAGAAAACAAUCUCAAGAACGCAUGGCAGCAGAAACCAAUGCUCAAGGACCGCAAGAUUAUUAUGGGUACUCGUUUGAGUUCAGCCAUAAUGAUCCAUGCCCCCAGGGUCUUCAAGGGGAUGACUGCGCUACUUAUAAAGUUUGGGCUAAUAACUGCAAAGCGUUUGGCUUCGGAGACUGUUCGCAGAAAGCUGUCGACAUACAAACAGGCAGACGGACAUUGCAGGAAGUCUUUGACGAACAGGACGAACUGAUUAAGAAAAUCGUCUCCAACUUCCAGCAGCGACGUCAGUUCAGUACAUCAGCAGUAAAUCUAUCUGAGGUGCGUACAGACAGGUCACAGAACUCUGCUAAAAGUAAAACAGAAAGUGUUCAAUCUCAAUCAGAAAAAUCUAAUCAAACGAGUGAAAACCCACAAAGCAUUCACCCCGAUACUAGUAAAGUAAUUAAAGAUAUUGAUAUUAAGUUAAGUCAGAAAGAUCGGUUGAAGCGCGCCGUGAAAGAUUACGGAGCUACUGUAAUCGUGUUCCAUGUUGGCAUCUCAUUGAUUUCUUUGGGAGGGUUUUACUUGGCUGUUUCGAGCGGGCUUGAUGUUGUUGGGCUACUGACGCGGCUGGGGGUCGGGGAGUCUAUCCUGCAGUCCCGGGUGGCGGCUGGAUCCACCACCUUCGUCCUUGCGUACGCCGUCCACAAGGUGUUUGCACCCGUCCGCAUCGCCACCACUCUCACGUGUACGCCCCUCAUCGUCCGCUACCUCCGGAGGGUCGGCUUUCUGAAACAACCACCGAAACCCUAAGCAGAAUGGUUCUACGUUUUACGUCACUGAUAUUUUAUCAAAGUGUGACAUCGGGCUAAGAACUAAUGUCACCCGCGAAACAGAAAACAUGUGUUUUUUUUAUGUAUAUAUAAAAUGAAUGACAUUAAACUAUUUACAGUAUAUUUAUUCCGGAUGUGGGCGGACAAAGACUGUUUUUUUCAUCGGAUGUGGACAUCGUUUGGACAUGCAAUACAUGGCUUAUGUUAUAGAUCAUUGAAAUCUCUGUCUUAAAAUGUGUAUAUUGUUUUCCAAGAAAUAAUUUCUGUGUAAUGAGAAUGGUAUAAGCACAAAUAUUCCAUAGUUUUAUUUCCAUAUGUUACCUUCAACUGUGACAUACGAGUAAUAAUCGUUUUCCUUUCACUGAAUACCUGAAAUACAUUACUAAUAAUGGCUUCAUAUAUAGAAAAUCAUUUGAUGCUUUUGUCAUAAAUGUAUACAUUCAAUCAGGGCGCGCUGUGCAUCAAUGCACAAUUGGUGUUGGAAUGCAGUCUGUGGGCAUUCGCGCAGAAAUGAAAUACAAACUGCGUUGUAAAACACUUCAUUUCAUGUCUUAAAUAUAUAAAUAGUUGAUAUUGGGUUGAUUGCUCAGAACUUGGUUAACGCUAACAACGUUGUUAACUGGAUCAUUGUUAACUGUUUAACGUGAAAUACUGUACGGUGUCCUGUUGUAUUAAGUGAAACAAAUAUAUCUGAAUCAGUUAUCUCAAUAUUUGAAAAGACAACUGCAGUCCAGUUUAUAACGUUGUAAGUGAUCUGAACAAUCGGCACAUUGGUUAUUAAUUUAUUUGACGUCGCUUUGUGUGAUAACACUUUCUCACGUAUUUAUUGUUGUACCCUAAUUAUGUAACUACGUGAAAUACGUAGUCUUAUGUUGUUUUCUUGUUCAUUGCGUUGUUCAAUUUUGCAAUAAUGUAUACAGAUGCUAUGCUUGCUAAGAUACUAUUUUUUUUGAGAAAUUGAACCAAUAAAGUAAUUAUUUUCA